AGGACUCUUUUCCUGGGUUUGCCCAUGCCACGCCAUGGAUUGGAUUUGCCAUUCUGGAACCUGAAUGUUGAAUUGGUUGGGUGGCUCUGUUGCAAGCUUGCUGUUGUUCUCGUACGCAGCUAGUUGGCUGGUACAUUGGAUCAAGCGAUACCGUGGUGAUAAGAGUGAAUUCUUUGGACCUGCAGACUUCUGGAUUGAGAUCCUUACCCACUUUCCCUUGUUGGUUCUCGCUCUCGGGAUUGCAGUGCCUGCGGCAUUUGGCUUCUAUGGCUUGGAGCAAUGUGGUUUCCUUCCGACAAUCAACAUGGUUUUCUCGACUUACCUGGCAGUUGACCUGCCAACUCAAGUCACUUACAAUUGUGUCCAGGAUUCCCUCGAAGGGCUCUGCUGGGGGAGGACAAAGAGGUGUUGCGUGGCAUCAACCUGGAAUUUCCUUGUUGCAACAGAACAGCCCAACAGCUCCUGAGUUGGCCUGGGAAUUCGACAAUCCAAGCGCCUGAGCACUGCAAGUCGGAAGUCAUCUGGUCCACCUGCAGUUGAGGGAGGUUUGCAGAGUCCAGAUAUUUGCCCUUCUCCUUAGCCUGCAUGCCAAGCAAUUCAGUCAUUUUGGUUCUAUCAAAUGCCUGGUGCUUGCAGAACC